AUGAAUAAUCCAUUUAGUUUACCACAACCACCAACUAGCGGAAGUGGAGGCUAUAAUAAUCCUUCAUCAACAUCAACGCCAUUCGAUAAUUCCAAUUCAUAUGGUAUUACUUCGCAAAAUUAUGCCGGUGGAAAUUAUAAUAAUAUGCCAUCACAACAAUCUCGUGGUGGUGGCCCUAUGCGUGGUGGACGAGGUGGCGGCGGUGGUGGUAGUGGUAAUUUUGGUGGCCCUUCAGGUGGCGAUAACGGCUAUGGUAAUCGACCAGCUCCUUAUCCAUCGCGCGGUGGUGGUCGUGGUGGUGGCCGAGGCGGUGGUCGCGGUCGUGGCCGUGGACAAUAA